AUGUCUCCUCCACAUGGGCCAGGAAUGGCUUCCUCUCCUCACUCUACUGAUGAGACAACCAAUCAUGGAACUCCAUCAACCAACCUCACUGCGUUCACCCCUGAGGCCGACUUCGGGUCCAAGGGACGUGCCCAAGACUUCGCUCGCCCUGUCUUGACGCUUCGUCCUACUCAACCCAAGCAUGCCACUGUCUGCGAUGAGUCCGAAGAGGAUGUCUUCCUUACUGCCCCGAUUGCAGCCAAAGGACAGCAACUCUCACCCACUGCCGAGGUCUUCACCCCGAGAUUGUCCACUGGCUUCAUGAAGAAAGAUGGCGAGACCCAAGCUGGUUACAUUGACAGUGCCCAAGAGAACAUGGCGAUCCGCAAGCCUGGCAAGUUCAUGUAUCGCCCGAUCAAUUUCCAAAAAUGUCCACCUUCUGCUCAAGUCCCUCCUCUUCAUCCCAGUACCCAUCGCUAUGGUUUCGGCCUACUCAAGCUCGAUCAGAGCCCCUUCAAGCGUUUCACUGGCAUGCACCUCCACGACUUCAACGUGACUGAAGGCGUCUUCAGCCUUGAUGAGGGUUUGACUCGUACCUUCGUCGUCAUGGGUGUGGCACAACUGUUCCCAUCUCAGACCAUCACCCGCCACUAUACAGCUGAGAUGUUCCCAACCAUCAAAUUCAUCAAGUCCACACGCGCCUCCAGCGGCCUCUACGCAGUUUCUUGCGCUGAUCUUCGCGACUCACUGAAAGCUGCUCGACAGACUAACCUGAUCUUCCCGCAUUCGUUCAUGUUUGUUUUCACUGGAAAGCAGCAGAUGUCUGACAUCGGUGGAGACCCAUCCCUUGUAUCUGAUUAUGAAGGACAGAUCAUCGUCAGCAUCCAUUACAACGGAAGAUUGAUUGAAGCAGCUCCUGUUGUUGCUGAGAUCAAACGUCUCCUUUUGCAAUGUGGUGAAAUCAAGGCUUUCCACAGCAUCCCUGCCACUCGGAAUGAAGUUCGGGAGAUUCGUGUGGAAUUCUACAAUGCCGACGUGGUUGAUGUCGCCAAAGAUGUCAUUCGUCAAACUAUGGUCAAUGGUGCUGUUCUGGAUGCCGCGACGUUUCAGCCUGAUGUUCUUGUUGUUUCCGAGUACAAUCAGGAACAAGAAGAACAACUGUCUGUCACUGGUCGUUCAAGAGUGCCUUUCGAUCCUGAACUCGAUCGCAUCGCUUAUGCAAUCCAGCAUGAUGGCCUUCGUCAUGGUCGUCGCCUCAAUCAGGCCAUGAACCAUAACGCCGUCGACAUUGCCCGCAUCCAGGCUGGACUUGACGUUCGCACCACUAUCAUGCUUCGUAACAUCCCAAACCGCGUUGAUCAACCCAUGUUGAAGACUCUCCUUGAUGUCACCAGUCGUGGCCGCUAUGAUUUCAUGUACCUGCGCAUUGAUUUCGCCAACAACUGCAAUGUCGGUUACGCUUUCAUCAACUUCGUCGAUUUCGUCCUUGCUCGCGCCGGAAAGCGCUGGAACUGCUUUGCCUCUGACAAGAUUGCCGAGGUCUCUUAUGCCACCAUUCAAGGCAAAGAUUGUCUUGUCCAGAAAUUCCGCAACUCUUCCGUCAUGCUUGAGCAUCCUGCCUUCCGCCCAAAGCUCUUCAUCGCUGGCAAUGGUCCAACUGCUGGACAAGAGGAGAAGUUUCCUGGACCCGACAACCACUCGAAGAUGCGUCGUUCUAUCGAGAAUGCCGAGCAUGUUGGUCUGUACAUCCCUCUUCGUAUGAAUCGUCCCGACCGGUACCCCGUGCCACCACGUCAUCGUCGCAAUGUGCGUCGCACCGGAAGAUUCAACGUUGAUGAGGCUCGUCGCAACGAUGUCUGGUCGCCUGGCCGUCGUGCCUACCAUCCCAAGUUCAAAACUUCGCCCAAGGGUUUCAGAAACAACGCGUCACCGGCUCGUCGCAAUGGUGUCUACUUGCCUCCUGCUCGUGCCAACAAGCCCAAUGUCAAGACUGCACCCAAGGCUUUUGCAAACAACGCGUCACCGGCCCGUCGUCAAGGUCCAUUGUUGGUUGACACUCGCGAUCCUCAUGACCCGUUUGCCGGUCGUCCCCGUCACAACUCUCCACAAGGCCAGGUCUAUCGUGAAGAACAACGACGUCGCCGCUCUCAAUUUGACCGAGGCACCCCUGGUGCUGAGAACGAGUUGGGCGUUGCACCUCGCUAUCAUCUCCAAGAUCCUGCGCUCGAACACAUGAGCAACAUUCAUCUUCCACGUUUUUAG